AUGGAACAACCAUCAAUCACUGUUACUGCUACUCAUUCCGUUGACUAUCUUGGACAAACCCAUGACUGGUCUGACACUGAUAUUAUUUACUCAUACAAAGAAAUUUGUCGACAACUUGAUGCCUGUC